UCAUCGUUCGUUGUCGCCGUUAUCCUCGUCGUUGUCCUCCUCGGCUGAUGCGGAUUGACAUCAGGGCAUUUGUGUGUACUGACUGUGUGUGCCUUCCUUCCCCUCAUGUGUACCUCUGCUGCCCUCUCCGUCGCUGUCGUCGUCCAUAUCAUCCCAACCGCCGCCAUGGCCGUCGGAAUCUGCACCACACAGAGAGAGAGAGAGAGACGAAAUGCAAUCCAUCCAUCCAUCCAUGGCCACCAUGUCUGUCUGUGUGUCCCCUCCCUGUCCGCACCGUCAUCGUCGUCAUCCUCCUCCCCCUCUGAUGGCUCUGAUGGCUCGUGUUGCUCUACUUGGCCGUCGAAGACAACACCAAGUCCUGACCCCAGCGCCACACUGCCCAGCUGAGCCGUCACGGGGAGGCAGUCCUUGAAGGCACCGCUCUCGCGCACAGGAGCCUCGGUCGUCAACACACUAACCCUCACUGCAGACAAUGACACACAGAAAAAACACAUGAGAUUUGACCACCACCUAAGCUGCCUCUCUGUCGGCCUGACCAUUGUCGUUUCCCAUAUUCAGAAUGGCAAUCCACGCGACGAAGUCGUGGCUGCUGUUGGUGAGCACCAGGUAUCGCAAACGACCCCCCGAGCUGAGUGUGGUCGUGCACCCGGCCACCGGUGUGUGGGGCGACUGGGUGAGGAGGCCAUCCAGACGGCCGCCACCAACACGCCUGAACCAACCACACACACACACACACACACAAUCAAACACACCCCCCUCUCGCCACUGGUGCCAUUGAUGUGUUGUCACCUGUGGAGUGUAGUCAAUGUGCCAUUGGUCUGGUGAGUCUUAUCGAAGUGGUCGAGGAUCACGCCCUUGGCAAAUGACGACACUGACGCAUAGGUGCAUAGGUGGAUGCGGUCCCAUCUGCGGAUGCCGUUAAAGUAGCGGAUCCAGCUGUGCACAGGUGGGUCAUGCUGUAGCCGGUGCUGCUGAUACAGAUGGCCGGCGGGGAGGGGGGGGUCGACGAAGAUUCGGAACGGGUUGAUCCGAAAUCGGAAGCCGGGCUCGUCCUUGAUGGCCCGCACCUCACCAUCGGCACGGCGGAAGAUCUGCAGGCGGCUGUCACCGAAGUUGAUGUGGCGGCCGACCACCAUGAGCUGCGCCAACACACGAGCUACAAAUCUAUACGCCUACACCACAGACACACACAUACAGACGAAUGAAUAAGGCCUCUCUGCUCUCCCCUGCCCCUCUGUGUGAGAUGCCGUACCGUCUUGUUUUCGUGUUGGUCAAUGUCGUCGGCCGUGACGAUGACCGGCAGCUCACAGCAGCCGCACUGCGCAGCCAACUCAAUCACCUCGCCAACCUCCACCCACCUCCCCUCCUCCAUCACGUACACAGCCGCCAGCAGGUGAUACACGCUAAACUGGUCGUCAUCGAACCGCAGUAGCUGCACUUGCCGCCCAUGCACCACCCGGCGCAGCCCCGCCUGUGAGCUGAGCGAGUGGGCGAGCCGCUGCCGCAGCUGAGGCGCUCCGAAGAGGUCUCUCGCCCAGGUGCAGGUCUCCCUCAGACGCAGGAUGUCAUUGAGGCUGAGAAGGAAGAAUGUGCGGCGGCCGACGAAGAUGUACGUGAAGGGAUGCUGCCGCUGCUGCUCGUCCUCCUCCAUGACGCCGGAUGCGAUAUCG